AUGGCACUUUAUGGUCUUAAGCAAGCUCCUCGUGAAUGGUUUGACAAAUUUAGCACCACUAUAUGCAAUCUCGGUUUCACUUGCAACCCUCAUGAGAAUGCUCUCUUAAUUCGUAAAAGUAAACAUGGAGUUGUUCUUCUACUUUUGUAUAUUGAUGAUAUGAUCAUUAUUGGAGAUGAUGUUGAUGGUAUCUCUGAUCUCAAUGCCUCCCUUCACCAUACUUUUGAGAUGAAAGAUCUUAGUUCUCUUAGUUAUUUUCUUAGUCUAGAAGUCAUGUCCACAGAUGAAGAUAUCUAUCUCUCUCAAACUAAGUAUGCUUUGGAUCUUCUUGCUCGAGCCAGAAUUAUAGAUAGUCGCACUAAGUCUACUCCCAUUGAGCCUAAUUUAGUUGGAGGACUCGUCUACUUAACUGUCACACGAUCAGACAUCACCUAUCCAGUUCAUGUUCUAAGCCAGUUCUUGUUAGCUCCUUAUGCUGAUUGCGCUGGCGAUCCCACUGAUCGUCAUUCUACUACUGAUUAUUGUUUAUUUCUUGGUGACUCUCUCAUUUCCUGA